AUGCUGAUCCGCGAUAAUGGUCUAUCAAAAGUAUUUCCUCGCGGAGCGGUGGAAGGAAAUAGUGGCACGAAUCCCCUUGUCAACAUUGUGUUUGUUCAUGGGCUUCGGGGCCACCCAAGACGAACCUGGGAAUACAAACAGACGACUGUGAACGAAGUGGGUAACAAGAAAACAGAUGCCUCCAAAGUUCCAUGGUUGCAUCGAGCUCUGAUAUCUCCCCCUCAGCCACAACCAAUAGAUGCUGAAUUGGAUAAGAGCCCUAAACUGGAAUCUUCCCACAACGAUGGUCUCGCAUCAAGCCAUAUUUUCUGGCCCGCGGACGAGCUUCCAGAGGUUGUGCCCCAGGCGAAUAUAUUCACAUAUGGUUACAACGCCAAUGUGAUUGAGGGAGUUUUCUGCUCAAAUAAUCGGAACAGUAUCUUGCACCACGGAAAUGACUUGAUGGUCAAAUUGGAGCGUUCACUUGAAAAUGAUAGCUCUAAUGAUCGGCUUCUCUCUGAGCUUCAGAUUGAUUCCCAAAUUCUGGAUUUGGUUCAAGAUGACUUCCUUCGAGUACUGCAAAAUUUUGACAUCUCUAUCCACUCAUUCCAAGAAAGCCGUGGUCUUUCGGGUAUCAAAGGGUUCAGCGGAAAGGUGGUAGAUGACAUUUCCUCCAAAUUAGGCUAUACCUUGGAAACAACGGAGACAAUCGACGCGAAUCAUAUGGAAAUGGUGUUGAUCGGCUCUGGAGACAUCUCUGCAGUGCUCAAAGGUUACGUCCGAGACAUUGAGAAAAGGAAAGAUCAUAUGCCUCCUGCCCUGAUUCCAGCCGUGCCGUAUGAUUAUGUGCACAAGUUCCGCGUAUUCAAUUAUCAGGAUGUCCUUUCCCGAGUACCAGAAAGGCAUCCAGAUACAUGCACUUGGCUUACUAAUAAUCCAAGUUUCGUCCAAUGGAAAGACAGUGUCCACCAUAAGUUUUUCUGGCUUCAUGGUUAUCCAGGGCAGGGAAAAUCAGUACUGGCAAGAUACACACUUGACAUGCUCCGUGAAGCUAGCUGCAGUCCUCUUGAUAAACAAGACAAAGCGAGGCCACUGGUAUGCUACUUCUUUUGCUCCGAUGACGAUCAGCGGACCAAAUGUACCACAAAUUUACUGGCUUCGUUGAUUCACCAGCUGCUUUACGAGGACCCUGGCUUAGGGCGCAAAUUGAAAGAAAAAUAUCCCAAAAUUGAACCAGGCUAUCUCGAGUCAAUGUGGCAACUCUGGGACAGCUUUUCGCUUGUGUUAAGUGCUGUGGGCACCCGUCCUCUGUACAUUGUGAUUGAUGCUCUGGAUCACCUGAAUAGGACAGAGUGGGGAUUAUUUCUCCGAGGCAUUCAACGGGAGAUUCAGUCAGAAAGGCAGAGCGUCAAGAUGUUUCUGACAAGUCGAACAGAGCCAGAAUUGGAGAGAACUCUCUUGUCAUGGAAUAUCUUACACGUCUCUCUCGAUGAUUCUCUGGAGAAGGAGGGGGACUGUGCUCUGUUUCUUCGAGAGGUUGUGCAUGAAUACGCCCUAGCACACUCUUUCGAAAGCCGCAUAACAGAAACCGUCUUAAAAGAGAUCAUGUUCCGUGCUAAAGGAUCUUUCCUGUGGGCCUCUCUUGCCUGGGCCAAUUUCCAAGACGGUAUCGGUUCUUGGACAAAGGAUCUCCUUUAUCAGAAGCUAGACAAGCUUCAGCAGUUACCACGUAAAAUGGAGAGCCUUUAUUACCGCUUGCUCUGCGCCGUUGACGAAAGGCAGCAUGAAGAGCUUCUUCAUGUUCUUCAGUGGAUUGUGGCGGCUCGACGUCCACUCAGGAUUGAUGAACUGUCAGUCGCAAUAGCACUUGCGGAAAGACCUUGUUCUUAUGAGGCCAUAGAUGUCAGAUUCUCACUUAGUGAAUUCCUCAGACGUGCAUGUCCGCACUUGAUUCGAGUUGACGAUCAUGAAUAUAUCACGCUCGUCCAUCAUUCGUUCAAAGCCUUCCUGUUGGACGUACGUCAUAUCAGUCUCGAUAAGGAAAAACGACAUAAUAAGUUCCAUAUCGACCUAGAUCAAGUGAACAUUCAGCUUGCUCGAGACUCAUACGAAUAUUUGUCCGGAAAGUACCCUUUUCUUGCCUAUGGCUCACGAUUCUGGGUGUCACAUAUUGGUGAAUCGGAUGAUUUGCAAUUCUACCAGUUCUUCAAACGAGUGCUCAUCAGACCGCAAAAUUAUCUUGCAUUGUGUUGCUUCACCAUAUACUUGUCUAGUUUCGAAGGACCUCCGCUCUUUUUGGCAAUGCGACACGGACUCUAUGGUCUAAUGAAAAACUUGGUUGAUGACGGACAUGAUAUCAAUGCACUCAAGGAUGGAAAGCCCCUUCUGCAUUACUAUAAGACUUUUGAGCAAACCAUGUUACUUCUUCACCUCGGAGCUGACCCUAAUUCGCGGGAUUCAUACAAACAAACAAUCCUUCUUCGUCGACUCAGAAAUUCAUGUCAGCUACUUGUUGAAGCAGAUUCAGACGCGGGAUCUCAGGCGGGCUCGGACUUGGAAGAUGCAGAAUCAUGCAACCACUUGGCCAGCCCAAGAAAUUCUUGUCAGCCACUUGUUGAAGCAGAUUCAGACGCGGGAUCACAGGCGAGUUCGGACUCGGAAGAUGCAGAAUCAUGCAACCACUUGGCCAGCCUUCAAGAAGCUCUGAGCUUUACCGGUCUCGACUUUAAUGCGAGUGAUCAAUGGGGCUUGACAUCAUUACAUGCGGUUGUUGCCCUAGAUUGCCUCCAUGCUGAGAAACUGUUGGAGAAGUUGAUGACUCGACAAGAUUUGAAAUUGAACCCCCAGGACGAGCUGGGGCGCACCCCAUUGACUCUGGCUAUCCACUGGGGAAAAGAGAACAUGACUCGCGUUCUACUUAAUAUUCCAGAAGUCAACAUUGAGAUUGCGCAGAUUCGAGGAGAAAACCCUCUAAUCAACGCUGCUCGUCAAGGUUGGACAGAGAUUGUUAUAUCUUUGCUGCACCGUUUGGACAGAAUUGGCAGAUUUUCGGACAGUAACGGGAGAAACAUUCUACAUUGGGCCAUCAUAGUCGGAAUGAUCGAUGCUUUCGAACUCGCUUUGAAGAAAAGCCCCGAUCUCUCGGCUGUACCAGAUAGGCAGGGCAUGACGCCUCUUCAUUAUGCCAGCCAAGAAAACGAAUACCGCGCAACCGAGAUGCUGUUAUCCUACGGUACCUCUCCGACAGAUAAAGCAUCAUGCGGCCGAACUCCUCUUCACCUGGCAGCAGCCAAUGGUCAUACACGGAUCGUGAAGGCAUUAGUUGCCCAUUUGCCAGUACCAUCCGCUGUCAAUGAAAGGGAUUCCAUGGGUUGGACCGCACUUCACCACGCCGUCGUCUCCGGCAAUGACGUGCUUGUGAGCUACAUCGUUUCACUCCCGAGUGUGGACGUGACCAAAGUUGACCGUCAUGGCCGGCCUGCCGUCGCUUUUGCUGCGUCCUUUGCGCCUCUCUCAAUAUUGAGCAUUCUUCUUGGAGCGAGGGCCAGAGACCUCAACUCCAGGCCCGGAGAGGCGGACAUAUCUUGCGUGGAUGCCUUUGGCAAUAGCCUCCUGCACCUGGCAGCGAGAGCUAGCAAUGAAUCAACGCUGGAUUUCCUUCUCAGAAGGAUUCCGCAUGUCGGCAACCAACCCAACAAGUGGGGGAGAGCCUCCAUUUCUCCAGACUAG